AUGGGUGCGGACUUUGCUCUYUGGUGCCACCUCCAAGACAUGCAUGACGUGCGGGAGUUCAUCAAGCACGCGUGGCUCCAGUACGCUGCCGGUGAAUUGAGCAUUACGCUGGUGUCACAGCUUUCAGAGAUUGGUCUCGGCCUCAUGCGUCUCGAGGAUGGGAAGUUCACCGCGAAGUAUCCCGAAUUCGACGACUGGUGGAAGCUGCUGUCCUACUUUGGCCUGGAUGUUUACGGCAAGGGCAAGACCUUGUGUGUUGUGCCGUUAGACAAAACUUCCACAUCUGAAGCUCGAAACGAAGAGCUCAUCGAGCUCAUCUGUCCAGCGGCGGCUGUGCUUCUGCGAGACACCCGAGAYCAGAUGAAGAAGCUGGCAGAAACAGCAGAAGGUAGGAAGAUGCUGCGCAAAGACAAAUCACGGGAUCCUCCUUCGUGUGGGAUCCUCAGCCCCGAGGCCUAUGACUUCAGUUCAAUAUUGAAGGUCCAGGCUCCUGAGCUUCUGGUAUGGAUCCAUAACUACAAAGCCAAAGCGCAGCGUCCAUCAAAACAAAUUUUAGAACGAAGCGAGUGGUUGUGUGGUAUGGCAGACUACUACGAUGCCAAAGCCACGCCCACAUGGUUGGUCAUGGCUUGUGCUAUCCAUAUUGAUCUGUACGAUAUCAUCGGCGACAAGCCUGGUGUCGCUGCAAAAGCCUGGCUUGACACCACCCAGAGAAUGUACCAUAGACUUGACACAACCUGCAACCACUUUGCGGAUUUGGAGCAUCCUUCUGCAAAAUGGAGAGCAGAACUUGCACCGAUCUUCAACAGACACGAAAAUUGGAAGAACCAACUCUUCGUUACUCAGGAGACCAUUGACUUUCAGAUAUCCAGAGGCCUCGAUCACAACACGUCUCCUGAUAUGCUCGGAAAGGCAACAUCCUGUAUGAUGGGCUCACCUUGCAUUGCCGGCGCUGCUCUCUGGAGCGAUCGCAUGGCGUACCACAAGAUCGGUAUUCGCUUUGCAAACUUGGAUUUGACCGUCUUUGCUUUAGCCAGCUUGUACACUGCCAUCACCAAAUCUGGUCUUCUCAAACCGACAUGGGAAGAUAUGCAUUUCCUGAUCAGCACGCAUAAGUCACAUACGCCUUUGGUGCCGAAGACAUCCGGUGCGUAUGAUGCUGAGAGCUUUCUAAAACAGUACCUCCUGUCUCUCGGUCUUCCCAUCGCCCAAGCCUCAAAGUACAUGUCUGCAGGUGUGCCCACGAAUAAAUUUGUCAUGCGCAAUCAUCGGAGAGCCUUGGCACCUACGUCUGAGUAUGUAGUGGCGAUUACCGAGUCCUGGCAUGCCAACGACCGUCUUGGGACCUUUGAAAGAGGCGAUCUAAUCCAGACAGUGUUGAUGAAGCUCACGGCGAAGUCAAAGGGCCUGAAGCAAGGAAGGAAGGGAACAUGGCACCAGCCGCAGUUUACCGUCAAGGAAGUUCUCUCGACUUUCAAAAGCCACAUGAUCGCCGACGAGCCCCAUCUCAACUUCGACUAUGCGGCCUUCCACUUGCUGAGCGAGAAGAUCCGGCGAGAUCUUCACGCACUCUUCCCAGAAUGCAAAAAUCGUCCUCUCGGAGUGGCACUCUGGGAAAUUGUCUUCCACAUCCUGAGAGACGCGAUCAGUGGCCCCAAAGAGCAGUCUCUCCUCAGCAAAGCCGCAGUCAUCUUGAGCGACAUCAUCAGCGCUCCUGGAGUUGGCAACAAGUUCUCCAAGGAGGCUCGCAAUGCUUCUUCCGGAAGCAUACCCAAGAAUCUCGCGCCAAAUAUCAAGCCAUACAAUCCUGCGUGGACUGCCGAACUGUGGGAGUACUUUGCACGCCACCAUCAUGGCGUGAGCACUUUACACAUGCUCGUCGCUUCAUCCAGCGCUUCGCACAUUACAUUCUACGAUCCGGAUGGCAAGAAGGCAAACUUCUAUCGCAUUGCUGCUGCUGCUGAGCGAUUUUGGCACAUAUGGCUCACAGGGAAUAUCAGAGUGAGCGAGCAGAUUGAGACGCUCUAUCAUCGGCUGGAAGAUGGCAGAACAGCUGCAGUUCCGAUGCCUGCUUCGUUUAGGUCGCUGGGCUUGAGGGGCUCUGAGGGUGUUGGGAUUGCUCUACUGGAGCAGUUGGACAGUCCGAUGGAGAUGAUGGCUAAUGGUGAUAUUGGAGCCGAGGCAGGUAGUCGAUGA